AUGUCCUCUGUAAUUGAGCAAAAGGGUUAUAAAGUUACAAAAGAAAUCGGGAAGGGAGGAUAUGGAGUUGUAUAUAAGGCCACGGAUAGAUUUGGAAAGGUCGUCGCGCUCAAAAAAAGUGAUAUCAAGGUGAGUAACGCUCAUUCCUUCCUUCUUUGCUUUUAGGCAAAACUUAGAACUUGUUUCCGUCAGACUUCAUUGUGGACACUUUAGUCAGAUCUUAUACUGCGAAUAUUUUAGAAAGGUAGAGAACAAGGGCUAGAUCUCCGAACGGAAGCCACGUUUAUGAAGAUUUUGAGUCAAGGAGACUCUCCAGAGCGGAAUAAUUUUGUAAAAUACAUUGAUUCGUUUGACGAUGGAGAAUAUUUUAUAUUGGUCAUGGAAUAUGUUGAAAAUGGGAGUUUAUUCGACUACGUGAAGAAGGAACCCAUGUAUUUGGAUGCUGGUAAGAUUUCGAGCAUUUUCAUUGGUCUUUAGACUUGAGCCCAAUCUUUUCUCAUUCCACGCUUGACUGUUACCUAAAAUUAAAGGUUUUUAAAAUUUUGUUGUUUCAGCGGUCUACGUCACUCUACAGAUAGUCAACGCCGUCAACUACAUGCACGACAAAGAGAUUAUGCAUAGAGACCUUUCCCCCGGCAAUAUUCUCGUAGUCCCGAGAAAGGAUAGUCGAUCAAAAUUUAUACCAAAAAUUUGCGAUUUCGGCCUAGCCAAGCACAUGAAGAGGCCUAAGGAGAAGCAUUUUACGGUUUGCGGGACGCCUCAGUUUCAAAAUUUGUAAGUUUCGUCUGUUUUCGGUAUUUUAAGUAUCAAGUACAAUAUAAUCGAUUUAAGUAUUAUACAGAUUUAAAUUUUUUGAUGCCUAUAUUUUCAGCGAUCACAUGAAAAAAGGAUAUGGCCCGGAGGUGGAUUAUUCGUAUAUCGGAGCUCUUCUGUACUUUAUGCUUACUCAGCAGCCCAUUAUUAGGAAGAAUAUUAUGGUGUCAGUUGAUGAGAUUGAACGAAAAAUCGAAAGCCACACGGCUAGGGAUUGGAUAUGCCAGUUAGUUAUGAGUGACAAUGAUUAUGAACGGGCUUUCAACAGGAGGAAGAGCAUAACAACACCUGAAGGUAUAUUGCACUUGAGAAGAACAUGAAGAAUUUGCUUGGAUUUUUUGUUAGUUGACUCAUGGGAUUAUUGCAUAUGUAAAUUCAAAGCGUUUCAGAGAUCAGAUCUCAACUAAAAGCUAUCGAAUGCCGUGACAAAAGCAUUCCAAGAAGUCAGACAAGCCAAAGAAGAAGAUCGACCAGUAGAACCCUCAGGGAAUUGGAGAAUAGAGAGGGGAGAUAUUCAGAAGAUGCGAGAAGGGAUCGAUUUUCUGAUAUGGAGCGAUACAGGGACAGAGAACGAUUUGGGGAGAGAAAUCGGUAUAUUGAUGAAGAGCAUCGGGAAAAUAAUGGCUAUGCAGAUGGAAAGGAACUGUAUCAUGAACCUCCAAGGAUAUCCAGGCCGGAGUCAAGGGAGCGGCAACGGGCUGGGCAGGUGUUAGAGGUGGGUUUGAAUUUGUUCGCAUGUAUCUCUAAUAGUUUUGUUUUUGGGUAUCUAAAACGAUGUAACUUUUAGCUUGACCCUCUCCGUCGGCAACCUUCCCGACCUCCAACUCGAACAGACUCCCAUCGUCGACUUGAUAGCGUAAAUGUUCCGACAAAUGUGGAGACUCGAAGAGAUCGACGGUUAUCUUUGAGGUCAAUUCCAACUCAAGAUCAGCCUUCUCAGCCCCGGUAUAAGUCAGCACCCGGUCAAAAGGUUGCCCCAUGGCCAUUACCUUGGAAUAUGAAGGAGCUGGAACCGAUGAAUAAUGUUUUUACGCAACCGGGAAGAGUAAGUUUUUUUUCGUUUCGGGUAAUAUAAAUUUCAAAAAAAUAAUGUUGAUUUUAGUGUCUGCUGACAAUAAACGGCUCUUACAAGAUUACAAUAGAGGUCCACGACUCUCAGGAAGUUGUAAAUAGAAUAGUGGUCCUGCACGAUGUCUCCAUGCCAUCUCAAUUUAUGACUGUCCAUUACCCAUCUGGAAGGUCGACCCAUCACAAGCAGGCUUUGAAUGACCCUCCGAUCCCUAUCGGAUCAAAAACGAAAGAGAUAACUUCUUGCAGAGAACUGGAUCGUGAUCCGGACCUCAGGAAGAUGUACGAAUACUGUAACAAAUUCAUAUUGUACUGUAGAAACAAACAGGCCAGAUAUAAAGAAGAUGAUCGGAUCAUUGGACUGAUCGGGGAAGUCAAAUGGAGCGGAAGGGUCGAAUUGAGGUGGGGAGAACGUUUGGUCGACUUUGAUCGGGCUGAUGAGGACCUGGUGAUGAAUAGUAUCAAAGGGGGCAACUUUAAUGAAGGUACGGUCAUAUUUUGGAUAUUUCUAUUGUCUGAGUUAAGAUGAACUGACGAUAUUACGAGACUUUGGCCGAGGAGUCCUCAGAGAAGAUCGACGGUUACAAAGGCGGAUAAAGAUGGCUCGGUAAGGACCUUAUUUUUUUAUUAUUUUAUACAUGACAUUAUUUUAGAGAUCUUGGUCUUAUUCCCACAGCUAGCACUGAUGAUAGAAGAAAUGACGAAAACAGAUACCGGUGA